GAGCUAGUGGAUAUGUCAAUUUGAUUUCCAACUGCUUCCACUUCAAGCGGAUCUUCUCGUGCUCACACCUGAGAUCUGAAAGGUGCAUCUACACGUCUCGGAUGACUGGCCUAAUUAUGCGGGCCUCGUCCGACGUGCUAAAUUUCCUCUGCACAUUGGCCUUAAUCUCUCACUCUAACGCCCCUCCUGCCUGCCGCUUUUUUGCCGACUGCCACACGAGCACACCGUCAUACCUGACUGAAAUCAAUUCAAAGAGGCUGUCGGCCCGAAGCGCAGCGCCUGCAUGCUCCUCAGGACACCGAGAUAUACCCGAGGCCGCACACAGAUACACAGUCAACAUACCUACUUGGUCGCGAGUCGGCCAACCCGGUCAAAGUGCGAGCUGCUUUAAAGAGAGGUGCCUUCAAGUCCACGCAAAUGCAGUUCCCAGCCAAACCUCUUCCUAACCUACAUCCCUCGUAACCCUCAUCACCAGCCAUUACGACCUCUGACGAUCUUACGAACUUUGAAUGAUCUGCUAACCGCAGGAAACAAGUUAGCCAAAACAACCGACCCUCCGCUCAAAUUAUCACACUUCCCCCCACAUUGCUUACCAGGAACAACCGCUUUGACUGGUGCUCCGUAAACGAGCUCACCGGCUUCGGCACCUCUCCGGCAGC